AUGCCAUUGCCACGCUAUUCACCAGGUAAACGCUUUGAGCCUGGUAACGUCUGUCUACAACAUUUCAUCAUGUUCUCAUGUUACGAGGUUGACCAGCCAAAAGACUUAAGAACUACAGUAGAAUCGCUAAUUCUUGGACAGAAGACGAAAAAAACGUGCAUCCGCGUCGAAGAAUUAGCGAUUCUACUCUACUACCUUGUGCUGCUUAUUGCCUCAAUGCAGCUCCUUUCUACGGACAACCAUCUUCUUCUGAAUAUAGGAGCUGGAAGUGAGAACACUUAUCUCUUUGCAGUCGCCACAGUGUUGCGCCACAGAAAUUGA